AUGCUCCGGCCAUCAACGCCAUCAGUGAGCUUUCUGCUGCUCACAUUCAUAACCUCGACAACAUCGUCCGCCAUACCGGGGGCAUCGCUCUUCGCUCGCCAACAGAGCUGCCCAGCCGAUGGCUUCGAGUCCUGCGGCAACGACUUCCCAGACUACUUCUGCUGCCAAGAAGACACGAAGUGUCUCUCGCUCGCCGGCGGCACUACUGCCCUAUGCUGUCCCGAGGGCAGUAAUUGCGAAGGCAUGGCGCCCAUCACCUGCAACCUCAACGGGCAGGACGCGGAAAAGGACUUUCGGAUCCCCCUCAAGACGACCGUCUUCGACGUCCCGUUGGAGAAGUGCGGUGAUAACCACUGCUGUCCGCACGGCUUCAGCUGCGAAGAAGGGGACGACGGCAAGGAAUGCCGGAUGAACAAGGAUCAGUCAGAAAAGCCCAAGAAGAAGCAGCAAGACGAUGACAAGGGCUCCUCGACAACAACAGCAGCCACAUCACCUACCACCAACCCAGCUUCAGAGCCCACGGACACCGAGACUGCGUCUUCAAAGCCGACAUCAUCCAGUGACGAGGCAGAGGAAGCCGAUACCAAGAAGGAUGGCGGCCCGGACAUCACCGCUAUCGUCGGCGGUGUUGUGGGCGCCUGUGGCAUCCUCGUCAUCCUAGCUGUCAUUCUCUUCAUCUGCGUCCGCCGAAACGCCAAGCGGAACCCCAAGCCUUCUCCAUCCGCACCCAAGCCAGCCAUGGCAACCCUGGCGGUACCAUCAUCAAGAGGAGGCCACAGCCGGCAGCCCUCCAACAUGAGCGCCACGCAGCCCAUCAACCCUCGCUUCAUCAGCUACCCAAAACGCGAUUCAUUCGAGGACAUUCCCAUCUGCACACCCCGUGAGGCACCGCGCGUCGACGGCCUCGGUCUCCUCGGCCGGUCCGUGUCCGGCCGCAGCCUCACUAAUCCUCACCAUCAUCAUGACCACCACCACGAGAGACGCCGUGACUCGAUACCAAACGCCUUCGCCAACGGCUCGCCCAAUCCGUCCAUAAGUGACACUCUGCCGAGGACACCCUCCAACGCAUCCUCCGCCUGCAAACCCAUCCGCACGGGUACAGUCUCCUCCUCAAAGCUCGCCCCAAUCCGCUCGAUGCGGCCUACGGCGUCGCGCCACCUCCACCCCGAGACAGCGAGGCACAUUAUGCUCACCACACCCAACCACUCCACCGAGAGCAUCAAUGUCUUUACCGAUCCGCAGUUCGUUGUGCAGGACGCCUCGGCGGAGGACAGGCGGACGCGCUUCUCGGAUCUCAUGCAUCAAGCUGACCUCGAGGGGGUCGGGAGUGAGAGGUCCUAUGUCCCCACAAACCGUACGCCCAAAAGGAUAUGA